GGAACGGUGUACAUCAAAACGCCCUCCAUCAGUCUGAAUAUAUCCUUGCUUUCGGUUUCGUAUAGGAAGUUUUGAAGAACGAUGAGUGAUCAGAACCCCACGGAUGGCGCCAGCGAGCAAAUUCCGGACCCCCAAUUGGGAGGUCAAGUGGAGGCGCAAGUAGCUGCCCAAGCGGAUCCCCAGUUAAACUCGCAAGUGGAGGCUUCAUUGGAUUCACAAUUUGACCACCCAUUUGCCGCUCAGUUGGACCCACAGUUUAUGGACCAAGAGCAUCCUCAUUUCGAGCCCAAUUCCGUGGACUUAUCUAGUCAGCAGCAUUUUGAAGCGUUCCAAGCGUUAGACCAAUUGCUCAACGCGCCCUUACCCGAACAGGCCCAAACGCCGCUCCAGGAGACAACCGCAACCUUUCAGCCAAUCCAACAAGCCGAUCAGCUUGCACAGAAUGUAGCAAUUGUUCCAGCUAUUCCAAGCUCGACAGAUGAAGCUCUUAUACCAGAAGCUACACUGGAGGUUUCUCUCGUGCAUGAACCAGUACUGGUCGAACACCCAAACAAGGAAGUUCCAGUUGAGAACCAACAGAUUCUAGAACUCUCCCAGAGUGCAGAAACCCCAGAGACGGACGAGGCUCUGCAGGUUAAACCCGUUAUUCCAGAGAAUGCUCCAGAGUCAGUAGAUGUUAAGCCGGUGGAUUUUAAACCUGUGAAUGUUGAGCCAGUGGAUACCAAGCCGGUAGAUGAUCCAGUAACCGUUUCAGAGACUUCACCGCAGACCCAGGGUGACUUCCCGGCGACCAAGACUCUUUCCCCAGCGUCUCAAUCAGCUCUCAUUCCAGAGGUGGAGACGACUGUUCCACAAACUACCCUUUUUGAGACUGUGCCAAUGGAAAUUGACCCCCCACACGCCUCCCAAUCCACACUCAAUCCUGACGACGUGUCUGCCCUCUCGUCCUUUCUAGACUACCCCACCGCCGGCCUAACCUCGCUUCCCGCAAACUUGGUGGCUCAGAUGAUGUACAAGGUGCGUGAAGUGAGCAGCUUGCAGGCAGAGAAGAUGCAGCUUGAGGUUAGCCUCGAGACUGCAAGCCACCAGAGCCAGGGUAAGCUCUCUGCGAUCAGAAAACAGUACAUGGCCGCACAAAAGGAGCUCACACAGCAAAAGAAAACGCUUGCCACGCUAACUCUGGAGAAGGAGGGAUUACAGCUUUCCGCGCAUGCGCAGUCUGGUGAUGUGCAGAAAUGGCGGGCCGCGAGUCAGGCAGCAGACGCGAAGCUCGCAGACGUUUUGGUAUCCAAGCGCACCGCGUUGGACAUUUUGGCUGCGCGGGAGAACGACAUCCGCAUCUUCAAACUGGAAAUCGACACCUUGCGCGAGACCACCGCUGGCUUACGCCGUCAAUUGGUGGAGGUUGAGCAGGCUAAGGACGCUGUCACGGCCGAAAAGUUGAAAUUACAGUUUGCGGAAAAGACCACGGCCCAGGCGUUGGCUAGCUGCAAGAAGAGCUUGACGUGGUACGAAGAGGAGUUGACCUCCAAGUCUGCGGCGAUUCUCGCCGACAAGCGCCUGGCAAACACUACCAUUUCCGACUUGACCAGCAAGUUGGACAAGCAUGUGUUGGAGAACCAAACCUUGGCAAAUUCUAAGGCUUUGCUCGAGGAGCGACUCUCUGACACCGCCACGAAGCUUGACCAGACGUUGAUGCGUUUGAAAGCGGUGCAGGACGCGGAGGCUUCCGACAAGGAGAGCUUCUACCGUGAGAUGACCAGCAAGGACCGCUUGGUGGGACUCUACAAGAAGUCAUCCGAGGAUCGCAAGGCGCGCAUCGAUCAGUUAGAGGCGUCGUUGGCGAGCUUGCGUAGCGACGCGGCGGCGGAAACUUCCGAGCUACGCUCUUCGUACCAUGCCAAGGUGGAAGUAGUGGCCACGUUAGAGCAGAAGGUGCACCUGUUGGAGGAAACCCUCGAGACGUUGUCCGAAGGCUCGUCUGCUCCGCUAUUGUCGGCUGCUGCUAGGCAGACAGUCUCGAAGAUUGAGGGUGUUUCGCUUUCCCAGUUGUAUGCUGACUUUGGCUUAUUGAAGAAGCAGUUGACGCAGGAGCGCCGCCAGAAGGAGAAGUUGCAGCAGGAGAUUAAAGCUUUCGUGGCUGAGUUAGAGGCGCGUGCGCCGAUGGUGGAGUCCACCCGCGCGCGCGCGCAAUUGCUCGAACAGGAGCUCUCGCAAAUGAGCUACAUGUUGGAAACAGCCGAGCAAGGCCGCCUGGAAAGUGCGGCUGCAGCCAAGGCGAUGCUGGAUAACCUCCGCAACGCGCAACUCGAAAUAUCAUACUUGGGCAAGCAGAAGGCUGACUUGGCGCGUCAAGUGCAGUCGUUGUUGAUUCAGAUCACCGUCGGGAACGACAACGGGGGGCCGCUAACAGUUGCUGAAAAGGCUGCCAUCACCCAGCUCUUGAGCGGAAACAAGGCUGUAGCCGCAGAAUCUGACACCGACCGCUUAAUCAGCGAGCGUCUUGUCACGUUCACCAACAUUGCUGAGUUGCAGGUGCGUAACGAAGACUUGUUGAAGGUAACGCGCCAGUUGGGCGCCAAGUUGGAACAGCAGGAGCAGUCCCUCGGACAGGCGGAGGAGGUCGCUAUUAAUGAGGCCCGCGAGGCGAUUUUGACGUUGCAGGAGGACAUCGAAUCGCUUGGGAUCAAAUUGGACGCCGUCUCCCGCGAAAGGGACAUGUACAAGGAGAUGGCAGACGGUGAGCAGAAACGUUUGACCGGGCCGGUUCAGCAAGAAAACCAGUUGAUCGUAAGGGGCAACAAGGCAGACGAUACGUUGGUAGAGAUCCGUGCGGAAUCGCAACAAAAUGUUGACGCAUUAAACGCGCAGAUCACAAAGUUAUCGCGCGAUAACUCGGCUCUCUCAGUGAGUGUUGCGCGCGCAACAUCGACCGCAGAGUUGGCGGAGGAGCGCCUUGCGUCGUUACGCGAGUCGUUGCGCUACACGCAGCUGGAGCUUGACACGUUGAGGCGGUCUGCAUCCGCGAUGUCUGAGAACUUGGGUAAGCAGGAGGCCAAAACCCAGACGAUCACAGCGGAGCUCAUUGAAGCUACCCACACGUUGGACACGUUCCGCAGUGAGAAUGUCAACUUGAAGGCGGAGAAGUCGUUGUGGAAGACCAUCGAGAAGCGUCUCCACCAGGACCACGCGCAGUUGUUGGAGGAACGUAGCCAGUUGGCGCAGCGCGUCGCCAACCACCAGAGCUAUGCGGACGAUCGCGAACGCUUGGCCGGGGCGGCGCAGGCCCGUUUGGGCGCGCAAAUUCUGUCGAUGGAUGGCGAAUUGCAUCAUUUGCGCGCGCGCUUGCUGGAAAAAGAUGCCGAGAUCAAGCAGACGAUGGCGCAGAGCAGCGAUGCGGCCAAGGCGUACCAGCAGAGAAUCGACACCUUGACGAGCCAGGUGUCGCAGGCCCGGGAGGACUUGGUAGGGCAGAAGGCCGCUGUGGCGUCACUCACCACUCAGGUUACUGCACUUAGCACCACCGUCGACUCCUUGAACCAGAAGAUCAGAUUCUACGCUGCCGAAGACGACAACGCGUUGGUGGGCACCUUAGACGGUCUCAAGACGGAGCUAGCUGCGGCGAGGGCCGAUUUGGAGCUGGCCAACCAGCAGGCAGAAGAGUUCAAGCGUGUUGCGUCCGCUGCAGAAGACGCGUUGGCGUCAAUGAACGCCGCGUUUGACGAGUACAAGAUAGCCUCGCAGACCAAACACACCGAGGCGGCCACAGAGACCGAAUCGCUUCGUUCACAGGUAGAUACCUUAACUCUGGAGAUUUCCCACUUACAUUCCGAGGAGGCUGCGGCCGACCAGAGGGCUCAGCAGCUCACGGCAGAGAUUGGCACCUUACGGGCGCAGGUGGAAGCCAAUGAUACCGCGCGCACUGAGUAUGACAGGCGUGUGCGCUCUUUACAAGACGAUUUACAGACGCAAACGAAGGUCACUGCAGACGCCCAUACGAAUUACGAGCAGGAGCUCCAGAAGCACGCGGAGGUGGCCAAGACCGUGUCGUUGUUGCGUGCACAGGCGACCGAAUUGCAGACCAAGUGGCAAGAGGCCACGUCACAGGCGAAGCUGGCAACGCAGUCGUUACAGGCGGCGCAGCAGAGCUGGGAGACCCAGCGUCUCGCGUUGGAAGAGCAGUUGCGCACGGCGAGCGUUCGUGCGGAUGACCUCGCGAGCCAGAACCGCAUCUUGCACGUGCAGUUGGAGAAGGUCAAUACCCCGGAGGCUGGAUCGCGUUACGAGUCUGAAACAGGUGACUCAUCAAUCCAGGAUGUAGUUUCGUUCUUGCGCCGUGAGAAGGAAAGCUCCGACACUCAGUUGAGCAUUGCAACGGAUGAGCAGGCACGCUUGCGCGCCAAGUUGGACGCCACGACCAGCGAGUUGGAGAGUGUGCAGACGGAGUUGGCGCAAGCGCGCGCACGUGAUGCCAACGCGGAGAAACUCACGACGGAGCACCAGCACUUGCUCGAACAGAUCAACCAGAUGAACUUGUUGCGUGAGAGCAACACCACCUUGCGCGCGGAGUCGCAGCAGCGCUUAAAUCGUGUGGUGGAUUUGGAGGGCCAGGUGGCGGCGCUCAACGCGUCCUUGGACCCCUUGCAGGUGCAGGUUGUGCAGUUAAAGGCCGAGAUUGAAGUGAAGGACCAGCAGCUUCGAUUGGCCGAGGAGGAUAACCAGCGUUGGAAACAGAAGGCCCAGGAUGUGUUGCUCCGUAUCAACAAGAUCGAUCCUGAGGUGCACGCGGAGUUGAAAGAGAAGGUCGAGGUCUUGGGGAAGCAGGUAGAGGAGCUCACAACGCAGUUGGCCACUUCGAAGAAGGCCCUUGCGGAGGCCGAAGUUGCUGCGACGAACGGUGCAGCCCGUGUGGAGCGCAUGAAGGCAGAGUUCAUCCAGAAGCUCAAGCAAAACAAGGCCGACAGUGCUGCUGUGUUGGAGGCUAAGGAAAGGGAGCUCGCCGCGAAGAAGGCCGAGUUAGCUGAAGAGCAGAGUGCUAUUGCCAAGAUGAAGACAGAAGGCGAAAAAACGGACGUGGACGCAAAGUUGGUCGAGAUGCAAACCCAGCUCACUACAGCUCAGCAGCAGCUCGCGGAAGCAUCCACGAAGGACGAGUCCAUUCAGGAGUUAACCAGAGCGAGGGACGCCUUGCAGAAGACUCUUGACGACUUGGAGGCGGAUGUCGAAACGUUAAAGAAGUCGUUGAUUACAUCUGGGGAUGCCGAGGCUGGCGCUGGAAUCGACGCCCUCAGGGCUGAGUUUGAGAAGCAAAAGGCGGAGAUUGCUAACUCCUUUGAAGCCCAGAAGGUGGAGAUAACGAGAAACGCUGAGGCCCAAAAGGCGGAGCUUGUGCAGGCGUUGGAAUCGCAGAAAGCAGAGUUCGCUAAGGCGGAGCAGGAACUCAGAAAGGAGGUUGAGGCUAAACCACAGCACGCUUCCGGCACGGACGAGAUUCAACAACUUCAAAAGGAGUUGGAGGCGAAGCACGCGGCCGAGACUGAAACGCGCGUGAAGGCCGCCAUCGAGGAUACCAAGGCCCGUGUGCGUGCACCGGUUGAAGCUAAGGUCCAGGCUAUCGCCGAGAACCGCUUUUUGCGUUUCAAGAAGGAAGCCGAGGAAGAAGCGGCGAAGCGUGAAGCGGAGCACCAGAAGGAGCUCGAAGCAAAGUCCCAGCAGCAGGUGUCCGAGGCCCUUUCCAAGCUUGCCGAAGCCAGCACCGAGGAGCUCGUUCAGAAGCUCGUGGAGGAACAAAAAGCAGCUCUCGCCAGGUUGACGGAGGAGCACACAGCCAGUAUCAAGAAGGCGAGCGACGACGGUCGUGCCCUCGCCACCAGAAUGGCUGACAUGAAGAUGAAGCUCUUGCAAACCAAACUUGACAAGGCCCUUAAGGAGGUUGAAGUUUUGAAGGCCCCUGCCGCACGCGCGUCAGCUCUCCCGACUCGACCAACUGGUACUGUCCAGGCGGCCCAGGGAUCUCGCAUUCCGCAAAACACCGGCAGGCCGUUUUUGAACAAGCCCCAACGCGGUGGGUUCCAGGGCAAUUUGACCGGCAGAGUAGGUGCUGAUGGUGGGAAGCGGCCAGCCGACUUCAAGGCGGGUCCCCAAGCUAAGAAGCACAAGGACUAAGUGUAUUUUAUCAAGUGUAUAUUAAACUGUGUUAUGUUACGUGAA